GGCGCGGGUGCACUGAGAGCAAGCCGCUUCUGUUACUGAGAGAAUAAAAACGGGCAAUGGAUUUCGUUCAGAUGUGCCCGAGGGGGGGCCUCGCGAACCGCUUUGAUAUUCACAUUUACGCAAGUAUUAGCUACCUUUUUUUACUUGUAGGCUUAGAUUCUCUAUUUUGAAUUCAACAUUAUUAUUAUCAAUAAGAAUAUUUUUUAUCAUUAUCAUGCCACAAAUAAUUACGGGCGGUACGCACGCACGCCCCAAUGUUUUUGGUCAUUCAAAAGUUUUACAUUUCACGUCAGUACCACGAAAUUUGGAAUACAGAGAAGUUGAACUGACAAGGUGCUUGUAGGCUACUGACAAAAAACAAACACGUACUAAAAGCCGCUAUGAUGAGGGAAAACAGAAAUAAUAACACAUACUCCGAUGGAUAUCAUACAGCAGAACAACAACACACUCUGUCAUUUAGCAGAACCACAUGCUUGUAAGUGUACUCGCGCAACGGGACUCCGUGGAUAGGACCACGCUGGCAACAGUAGCAGUUGCGUUGUUUAUUUUACAAAACAAUGAAAACUUAGUCCAAAACAAAUAACUUAUUUCAGAUCCUGUGCUCGCGUUUUACAUGCAUAUGACAGUUUGUUGUACAAUGUCUUGUUUGGAAUCUUACAUCCAAUAACGAACUGGUCCUGGUUUUAUACCUCAUCAUGUGUAAAACUCUGGUUUGCAGUGGAAAGACGCAAAUUCUUUUCGACUAUGUCUACUUUGCGUGCUCACUAUAGGCUAUCGUCCACGUAUCGUUCUAGGGGUGGAGAAGGUUCAAGCUAGGCGCAGUAUUCAGUGUUUUCCCCCGAACAAACGCGUGCCUAUAAAGUAAAGAGAUUCUAACUUUUUGGAAUACAGCGAACGAUGUUUUCGGAAGAGACAAAUCAAAACUAUAGCUCCAACGCAAGCGGACAGGACCCAUUCGCUUUGCAGGAUCAGGGAAGGAACGACACGCUCUCGAGGACGGGGCACAACGUGGUAUCCGUGUUUUUGGGAUGUAUCAUGAUUUUUGGUUUCCUCAACAACCUGAUCGUUCUGAUCCUGUUCUGCAAGUUCAAGACUUUGCGGACCCCGGUGAACAUGCUUCUCCUCAACAUCAGCGUGAGUGACAUGCUGGUGUGCCUUUUCGGCACGACCCUCAGCUUCGCCUCCAGCGUUCGGGGACAGUGGUUGGCCGGGGCGCACGGUUGCAUGUGGUACGGCUUCAUCAAUUCAUGCUUCGGAAUCGUGUCGUUGAUCUCGCUUGCCGUGCUCUCCUACGAUCGCUACAGCACGCUGACCGUGUACAAGCGGGCCCCCAACUACCGCAAGCCCCUCCUGGCGGUGGGCGGGUCGUGGCUGUACUCGCUGCUCUGGACAGUGCCCCCCCUGCUGGGCUGGAGUAGUUACGGUCUGGAGGGGGCGGGGACGAGCUGCUCGGUGACGUGGACCGAGCGAACGGCGAGGUCCCACUCCUACAUCAUCUGCCUGUUCAUCUUCUGCCUCGUCCUGCCUGUCACGGCCAUGGUGUACUGCUACGGCCGGCUGCUGUACACCGUCAAGCAGGUGGGGAAGAUCCGGAGGACGGCCGCUCGGAGGCGAGAGUACCACAUCCUGACCAUGGUGAUCGCCACCGUGGUCUGCUUCCUGCUGUGCUGGGUGCCCUACGGAGUCGUGGCGCUGAUGGCGACCUUCGGGCCGCCGGGCAUCAUCUCGCCCAUCGCCAGCGUGGUGCCCUCCCUCCUGGCCAAGAGCAGCACCGUCAUCAACCCCCUCAUUUACAUCCUCAUGAACAAGCAGGUGAGCUUCGCGCUGCCCCGAGACUCCUCUGGUGCAUCGUGGGAAAUGAAGUCCAGUCCCCGCAGGGGCUGCUCGAUUGUGAUCUUUACCCCCCGAGCCGCCAGAAGAGCAGAGCCGGAUAAAUCAGACUCCUUCCUCGUGCGCCGGUAG